UUUGUUGUUGUGGUUGGCCUCUGUUGGAUUUGGUUUGGACUAUCCUCGCGAGAGAAUCCUCAUCUUCCCGCCUCUCUCUCUCUUUGAAUCUCCUCCUUCUUCUUCUUCAACCCUAAGGAGACAGAGAGAUAGAGAGAGAGAGAGCGGUGAGAGAAUCGAAGAGAUACACAUAUUGAUCUGAUUGAGAUUGAGUGUUAGAAAAUGGAUACGCCGCCAAAAACUGUAACCCAGAUCGGGACUCCAAUUUCUAAACUCAAAGUCGAGAAUUCUCCAGUGUUCAACUUCAUAAACAGUUUGUCACCAAUCAAACCUGUCAAAUCCAUACCAAUUGCUCAAACUUUUGGCUCUCUCAGUUUCUCAUCUCCUCCUUCUGUUUUCACUUCUCCUCACGCGGCUUCUCACAAAGGAUCUCGUUUCAAAAGUCAUAAUAACUCUUCCAAAGAUGAAUCUGCUUCUAACGCAGAACUUGCUUCCAUUGGAGAAGAAGUAGAAGUAGAAGAAGCUUCAAUCGAAAUCGAACCGAGCACACAAAUCAUCAAGAAUGACUGUAUUACUGCUACUACUCCUAAAGUUGUCAAUGAUGGUUCUUGUAAAGAUGGUGAAAUGGAUCUGCAGAAGAUGUGUGACCACAAUGUUAAGCCGAAAAGCAAAACUCCAGAUUGGGGUUCUCUGUUUUCGGAUUCCGAACUUUUGAUUUAUGGCUCACCGAAUGAUUCAGAGGCUUAUAGAUGCUUCUUGCAGAGACAAUCAAACUCGGAAACACGUUUAAGUGGUGGUAAAAAGCUUACAUUGGAACCUGUUUCGAAUAGCAAUGAACCUGAGUCCUCAGAUGCUCUGCAUCGUGGUGUGAGAAGACGCUGCCUAGACUUUGAGAUUCCUGGGAAGAAUAAGCAAACGUCAGGCGAAUCUUCAUCGAGAUGUGUAGUACGUAACAUUGGUCUUCAUCUAAACGCCAUUGCAAUGUCCUCCAAGGAUAGCAAUGUUGCUAAUGAGUACUCGUUUUCUGGAAACAUAAAAGUCGGUUUGCAAAGUUCUACUACUCCAGUUUUUCACUCACACGACAUUGUUAGAGAAAAUGAAACCCGGGAAGAUGCAACAGCUCAAGGUAUAGAAGAGGUUCAAAAGUCUUCAGCUUUAGUAGAAUUGAAUCAAAGCAGCCCAAAGAAGAAAAGGCGCAAGUCUGAACAAGCAGGAGAUGGCGAGUCAUCUUGUAAACGGUGCAACUGCAAGAAAUCCAAGUGUUUGAAGCUUUACUGUGAAUGCUUUGCUGCUGGAGUUUAUUGCAUUGAGCCAUGUUCAUGUAUAGAUUGCUUCAACAAACCAAUCCAUGAAGACACUGUCUUAGCUACUCGCAAACAGAUUGAAUCAAGAAAUCCGCUUGCAUUUGCUCCUAAAGUCAUCAGAAACUCUGAUUCCAUCAUGGAAGUUGGUGAUGAUGCGACCAAAACUCCAGCUUCAGCGAGACACAAACGAGGCUGUAACUGCAAGAAAUCAAACUGUCUGAAGAAAUACUGUGAAUGCUAUCAGAGCGGAGUCGGUUGUUCCAUAAACUGUAGAUGUGAAGGAUGUAAGAAUGCAUUUGGCAGAAAAGAUGGGUCUUCAUUUGUCGCCAUGGAUAUUGAACAUGAUGACGAAACAGCGAAACCACAACAUCACGCCGAGUUGUUCAAUUCUGUUCCAAUUCCACCUUCAACACCAAUGCCAUUAAGGCAACCAUUGGCUCAACUUCCCAUCUCAUCCAACAACGUUCUGCUUACUCAACAGUCUCAACAUUUUCAUGGAGCUUCCUUAUACAAGUACCAAUCUUUCUGGAAGCAAGACAUGAGUUUGUUGUCUCAUUCAAGGAUUGAGACAAUCACAGAGGAGAGAGCAGAGGAUACUGAGAAUCUAAUCCAGUCUCCAAUAACUACAAAUAUAAAUGCCGUAUCUCCCAACAGCAAAAGGGUUUCUGUGUCUCAUCUCGAUUCAUCAGAGUCGAGUCCAUGGAGAAGAAAUAGUGGAAGGAAGCUGUUACUGUCAAUUCCAACUUUUCCUUCUCUCACUCCACACCACUAAAAAUUCUUUGAAUCUUUGAACUGUGAUGAAGUCAACUUCUAGUUGGUAGUUUAACUUACACAACAGCAUACGCAAAACAUACGUUUUUAUUAGUUUAGUAGUAGCAUAGUUGCGUUUGUUUUGCGAAUGGUUGUGUAAUAAAAAAAGUUUAGUCAUUUAUCAUAGUCAAGAUGUGGAUGGUAAAAGCUUUUAACUGACAUAAAUUUGUCUAAUGUUUUUUUACAAAACAACUAGCGUUUGUCCACAAGUUAGUGUAAUAAGAAAGCUUUAAAGCAUUAAG